AUGGACGAGGUGCACCCCGCGCGCGUGGCGGCGGCGGCAGCGGCGGCGCUUGCAUCCACCAUGCCGCCGCCCGUUGAUGAUCUCGAGGCGCUCCGGGCGGAGCUGGCCGCGGCCAAGAGCCGCCUCGCCGCGACGGCCGCCGAGAUACCGGCACUCAAAUCGCUCAUCGAGUCCACGAACGGUGCCAUCAUCGCGAGGCAGGAGGAGGAGGGCAGGAAGCAGGCUGUGGUGGACGAGCUCCGCCGGAUCGCCGACAGUGGCCGCGACGAGCUCCGGCGGAUCCUGCUGGAGCUGGCCGCGGCGCGCGGCGCCAAGGACGCGCUGGAGCGCCGGGUGCUCGUCCGUCGCCAGGCGGCGCGCGCGCUGCAGCUCGCCGAGCGCGCCAUCGCGGCGGAGACCCACGCGCUAACGUGGUCCGCGGCCGCGGCGGCCGAGCAGCUCGCCGCACGUUCCGCGGGAAGAGACGGCGACGACGACGAAGACGAAAGCGCCCACCACGACGUCGUGGCGGUGUCAGCGCGGAGGUACGAGGAGCUGCGGCUGAGAGUGGAGGACGAGGAGAGGAAGGCGGACGCGCGCGUGGAAGAGGCCGAGGCGCAGCGCCGCGCGGCGAAGGCGCGACGGGCCGCGGCCGUGACGAGACUGGAGGUGGCGCGCGGCAAGAAGCGGGAGGCGGCCCAAGACGCACGCCGCCGUGACGACGUGGACCACCGGCGCGGUAAGACGGUGACCGGGAAGGGGCACGAUGUGAAGAGCCGGGGCUGGAGGGUGUGCCUCGUCGUGAAGAAGAAGCUGGGCGGCUUGUGCAACGUACCAAAAGCUUGA